AUGAAAUCGUUUAUAGAAUAUUCUCCAAACUCAGACUUUCCCAUUGAGAAUCUUCCAUACGGUGUAUUUACUUCGCCAAAGAAUGUAGAAAAACACAUAGGAGUUGCAAUCGGGGAAUGGAUCCUAGAUCUGAACGUGGUAUCUCAUUUAUUCAAUGGUCCAUUAUUGAAAGACAAACAACAUGUUUUUAAGGAGGAGAAACUGAAUGCAUUUAUGGGAUUAACAAGACCGCACUGGAUUGAAGCCAGGAAAACGAUACAAAGCCUUUUAGAUGUUUCCAAUACUACUCUACAAAAUGACUCUCAACUCAGGGAAAGAGCAUUUAUCAAACAGAGAGAGGCAAAAAUGCACGUUCCAGCCGAAAUUGGUGAUUACUCUGACUUUUACUCCUCCAUACAUCAUGCGACUAACGUCGGAAUCAUGUUCCGAGGUAAAGAGAAUGCGCUGCCUUCUAACUGGAAACACAUCCCGAUUGGCUACCACGGACGAUGCAGUUCUAUUGUUAUAUCGGGCACGCCAAUCACCAGACCAUAUGGACAAACUUUACCUGUAGACGGUGCUGAGCCACACUUCGGCCCGUGCCGUCUGAUGGAUUUCGAGCUGGAAAUGGCGUGCUUCGUCGGCGGUCCGCCAACUAAAGUUGGAGAGAGGGUCAUUGCUAAAGAAGCUGAAGACAGGAUCUUCGGAUUUGUACUUAUGAAUGACUGGAGUGCUCGAGAUAUUCAGAAAUGGGAGUAUGUGCCUCUUGGACCAUUCACAGCGAAAAACCUUGGGACUUCCAUCUCCCCAUGGAUUGUCACCAUUGAAGCAUUGCGUCCCUACAUCGUGGACAACUAUCCGCAAGAUAUUACACCUUUCCCUUACUUGAGGCACGACGAUAAAUUCAACUUUGAUAUAAAGUUGGAAGUCGAUCUGAAGCCCGAAAGCUCGCCGGUAGCGACAACUAUAAGCCGCUCCAACUACCGCUUCUUGUACUGGACAGUGAAGCAACAGCUGGCUCAACAAACCAUCACAGGCUGCAACUUACGUCCCGGAGAUUUGCUUGGAUCGGGCACUAUCAGUGGUGAUACUUCUGACUCAUAUGGCAGCAUGUUAGAGUUAAGCUGGAAGGGAACAAAGCCUCUACGUUUGCUUAAUAGUGAGGAAAGGAAAUUUUUACAAGAUGGCGACACUGUUAUUUUACGCGGAUACUGUAUAGAUGAAAAUGGCGUCCGUAUUGGCUUUGGUAAUUGUGAAGGAAAAUUACUACCUGCCUUACCUAUUCAAGAAUAA